GAGAGCCUCCUCCCCGAGACAGCAUCGACUUGACCCCCGGCCCCGGAGGGCCCGAGCUAGGGGGCUGUCUUAGUAAAUUCCGGCAGUGCCUCCACCCUCCGGUGGCGGAGACACAGAGGGCGGGUCGCACUCGAGGGUCAGGAAGGAGAGUGACCCGGCCCGGCUCCCGGGCCCUCCCCACCCGCCUGGCGGCCAGAACUCCAGCCCUGGGGAGUGGGCAGGGCCUAUCUUCUGUGCCUCACGCCCUGCUUUUCGCCUCCUUUAGCGCUGUCUGCUAGCUGCUUUUCCUGCUCUCUCUUCUGGGAGGCGAAUCCUUGAGCCCGAGAUGGCAGCCACCCUGCUCAUGGCUGGGUCCCAGGCACCUGUGACAUUUGAAGAUAUGGCCAUGUACCUCACUCGGGAAGAAUGGAGACCUCUGGAUCCUACACAGAGGGACCUUUACAGGGAUGUCAUGCAGGAGAAUUACGGAAACGUUGUCUCACUAGAUUUUGAGAUCAGGAGUGAGAAUGAAGUGAAUCCAAAGCAAGAGAUUAGUGAAGAUGUGGAAUUUGGCACUGCAUCUGAAAGACCUGUGGGGAACACUGAGGAAAAUCCUGAAAAUGAAGAAGCCUUUGAAAGCAGGGAGAGACCCGAAAGACAGUGGGGAGAUUUAACAGCAGAAGAGUGGGUAAGCUAUCCUCUUCAACAAGUCACUGACCUGCUCGUUCACAAAGAAGUCCACACGGGCAUCCGGUAUCAUAUAUGUUCUCAUUGUGGAAAGGCCUUCAGUCAGAUCUCAGACCUUAAUCGACAUCAGAAAACCCACACUGGAGACAGACCCUAUAAGUGCUACGAAUGUGGAAAGGGCUUCAGUCGGAGCUCACACCUUAUUCAGCAUCAGAGAACACACACCGGGGAAAGGCCUUAUGACUGUAAUGAGUGUGGGAAAAGUUUUGGAAGAAGCUCUCACCUCAUUCAGCACCAGACAAUCCACACUGGAGAAAAACCCCACAAAUGUAACGAGUGUGGGAAAAGUUUCUGCCGGCUGUCUCACCUCAUCCAGCACCAAAGGACCCAUAGUGGGGAAAAGCCCUAUGAGUGUGAGGAGUGUGGGAAAAGCUUCAGCCGGAGCUCUCACCUAGCUCAGCACCAGAGGACCCACACAGGUGAGAAGCCUUACGAGUGUAAUGAAUGUGGGCGAGGCUUCAGUGAGAGAUCUGAUCUCAUCAAACACUAUCGGGUGCACACGGGGGAGAGGCCCUACAAGUGUGAUGAGUGUGGGAAGAAUUUCAGUCAGAACUCCGACCUGGUGCGCCAUCGCAGAGCCCACACGGGAGAAAAGCCGUACCACUGUAACGAAUGUGGGGAGAAUUUCAGCCGCAUCUCGCACUUGGUUCAGCACCAGAGAACGCACACAGGGGAAAAGCCGUACGAAUGUAACGCUUGUGGGAAAAGCUUCAGCCGGAGCUCUCAUCUCAUCACACACCAGAAAAUUCACACCGGAGAGAAGCCCUACGAGUGCAAUGAGUGUUGGCGAAGCUUCGGAGAAAGGUCAGAUCUCAUUAAACACCAGAGAACCCACACCGGAGAGAAGCCCUAUGAGUGUGUACAGUGUGGAAAAGGUUUCACUCAGAGCUCCAACCUCAUCACCCAUCAAAGAGUUCAUACGGGAGAGAAGCCUUACGAGUGUACUGAGUGCGAGAAGAGUUUCAGCCGGAGCUCGGCACUUAUUAAACAUAAGAGGGUACAUACUGACUAAGUCCUGUAAUUAUAAGAAAUGAUUCACUUGAAGGUACAAUUUUAUUUGAUAGCAAAGAGCUCUCUCAAGACAGAGCUGCUUUUACCGUAGUGAAGUUCCUUGCCGGCCAUCGUUUGAAACAUCAAAGAAGAUAAGCCAUUUGAAAUUCUGACCCACAACUUUGGGAACGUUCCCCCCUUCUCCCAAGGAGUGAUUUUUUUUUUUAUUCACUGAAUAUUAAUGAAGUACUUCAUCAGAAUCAGCUCCACAAGUAACUGGGAAUCUGAAGACCAGGGGAUGCAUGCUGGUAAAGCCUCAGGAUUGGAAAUGGAGUAAAUCUUUAAAAGUUCUCUCUCUCAUCCGUGGCCCAAAGAACUAUGCUAGGGGAAAUGUUGGACUGUAAUAGGGUGGUCACAGCUGCUUCGGAAAAAGACAACCAGAGACUGCCUGAAUUGCCACACCUGUUCACUCUCCAUAAUUGUUGGGCACGCACAUCUUCCCCUUUGAAAGGCGUUUUCCUUGAGUUGCGUAUGCAUUUGUAUCUUUCCAUCUUCCUGAGAGCAGGAUUCUGCACGAUGAAGGCAAUGAUCAUAACUGUGUCCCUCAUUGUUCCUAAUUACCUUUACUCAAGCUUGCAUCUUUGCAAAAGCUAACUACAGAUGCAGAUUAAAAGGAAACAUGAGACACAGGUUUGGGGACCAAGGACUCAUCAAUGGUGGUGACUUUAGCAAGAGCUGGUUACUGUUGUUAUUGCCACUAAUCAAAAUGUAUUCCUUUUCUUUGGGGGAUCACUGUAGGGGACAAUGUAGGGAGGGUAUCUUCAAGGAAAGAUAGGACCGUACUGGUGGUGGAGUGUAAGGAGCAAGUGGAAUUGGCCACUCCCGGGAAGGAAACACAGAGUUCCUCCCCAAGGACCACCACCAUUCCUUUCUGUGUUCUUCCCCUUCUGCCUUGAGAGAUCAAUUCUACUACUAACUCUAGGAUUUGAUAAGGGCCACAUCCCAGUGUUUCUCUUGGCUUGCAUAAGGGCAUGUGUAUGUACAGUAAAACGUGUAUUCCUGUAAUUUUUCCAGUAGCGGAAACUGAAUUCACACAGAAUUAGCAUGUUCCUGGGUGAUGUUGAUCAUGUGACAGAACUACAGACAACUCCAGUGUGAGAAAUGUCCUUUCAUUUUCUUUUUUUUUUUUUUUUUAUAAAGGAAAAAUGUUAAACACUAGUGCUCUAGUGUGCACGCUCCUUUAAGAUCUGUCUUUGUACAGAACUAAGCACUUGUUUAUGUGUAUCAGCCAAUUGUGGGAGAUGAUAACUGGACAGAUAGGUUGAGUGUCCUGUUCUCAGACUGAAUACUCUUCUCUUUGGCCUACUCACAAGGAAUGAAUAAACCCAGAUAGGAAUGUGUUUCUAUCCUGUCAGUCUACAGAUACAUGUGGUUAAGAUGAAAGUUGACCCAAAUGAAACCUGUUCUCCUCAUCUCAGCCCACAUAGGAGUUAAGAAAUACCCCAGGCAUUGGUGCUUAUCCAGGCCUUUGGGGGUGGAAGUGUGAGGGGGAGUGGAGUAAGGAAUAGAUCUUUUUCGAGAGUGCCCCAAGCUAUUUCUACUGUGCUUUAUUGUGAAUGCUGUGACAUUUGCAAAAUAUUUCGCCAUAGCUCAUUGGGACUUGGUGUGUUAAAGGAGCCAGUGGUCUCUCUCGGGUAGUAUACUACGUCGAGUCAUUAGGAGCCACAACUGUGUGGGACUGCAUCCUUUGCAGGGACACAACCUUGAAAGGAACAAAAUGAAACACCACUCCAUCAAGGAGGUUUCUUCAUGUUGCCACUCCUGUUUAAAUACAAACUCAACUCGGGCAGGGAGCAUGUUUUGUGUCCUGUACAAAAUCUAGCCGAUCGUGGGUAUCCAUAUUUUAAUCGGUGAAUGACUCACAUGUUCUUGAUGACUGAACUCGAAUAUGUCCUUUCCUGUAUCAGUGUUGCUAAUGGUUUUAACAAAUAUCAGAGUUCUCCUGUUGUUUCUGUGAGGCACUCUGGGCAUCAGCUUUGGAGUGGCCACAGAAGACAGCAUCCUCAUGACCCAAGGGUAUUUCACUCCCUCUUUCUUCCCUACUCUCCUGCCCCAUCCCAACCUGUUCCUGCUGCUGCUUUUGGCUUCUUAGAGGUGAGUGGCUCAAGAAGAGGCUUCUUGGUGCCCCAGCCAUCUCUCCAUACAUGUACACUCCAGCUGGGAAGUUCAAAGGGCAAGGGCCAGACCAGCUGUCUCCUGUCUUUUUCUGCCAACUGCUGCCCAUUUGCUGUGUUGAACUUUUGUGUAGAACUUCUGCAUCAGACUCUCUUUGCUAAUGCUUUCUGCAUGUUUCCUGCUCCCAAGUCUCUGGCCGCUUCUGCACAUACCCUGAACACUUUGUGCCUGUUUUCUAUGGUUGUGGAGAGUGAGUGAACAAGUAAGUAUGUAGAGCAGUUUUUCGUAGGGUAUUGGUCGCAGUUAUGCUAGUGUCUAUCUACAUCUGUAUUCUAACAAUAUUCUAUAAUUAAAAGUAUACUUUUUAAAAAUCAAAAAGCUGAGAAUUUUUUUAGUAACCCAGCACCGAUUCAUAAACUGGUUUCUCGUCAGAUUCACUAAGAGUGGACACAAUUGUCUUUACAUUGAUGCAUUUGUACAGAUGUUCUGGUAGAAAUUUGGGCGCACAUUGUUUCACACACUGGUGGGCCCUCUGGAUAUUGCCAUUAUUGUAGGAAGAUGCAAAAAUCUGGAGAGUUUCCUGUGAAGAUUGGGUUGGAGGCAAAGCAGCGUGGAAGUAUUUGGUAUGAGUGUCUCGUUAACUUUGGAGAAGGUGAAACACAAACACAUCCAAAAGCAAAAAUGAAAGGAGGCCUUGUUGCUUUAAGGAGAUAUUUUUGGAUAUCUGUUAAGAACACCAAAACAAUUUCUUCUGAACUAGUAUUGGAAUCCCAGAACAGAUCCCUCUUAGAAAUAGUCAAAGGCUCUCUAUUCAUGACACAGUUUGCCUAAGGCAGUGAUUAUGUAUUACUAAGGUGUGGCCACAAUUUUCAAAUUACUUACAAGUAAUUUUCUCUUAUGAAACCUUUCUUUAAAUGGCGGGCCAGUCUAGGCAGAGGUAGGGAGUCGAAGUGCUUUAAAUUGGGGAAAACUACAAAGAUGAAAGAAAAACUUCAACUAAACCUAUACCCAAGACUUGGAAAGAAAAGAGAUUUUAUUAAAACAUCGUUUAAAGCUCUCUUUUUCCGUGCUACAUGUUCAACAAUUUUUAUUUCUGGGAGGAAACGUUAAAGGAAAAUGCUGGCUCACCUGGAGCCCCCCCUCUAAGGGUAUUUGAUAUGUUAAUAUUUUGCCAUUAUUAUAAUGGAAGCAGAUUUCCUUCUGUGUGAGCUGUUCUCUAAAAGGCCAGGUUAGGGCUUUGCUUCCAGGCCGUUAGGACACCAAUGAAUGCACUGAAAUGAUAAUUUGUUAAGUGGUUCCCUACUGUUUCAAAAGUUAGUAUUGUUUGAAAAGGAGUUCCUAUGCCCUGGGAGGAAUGGACUUUUUGAAGCAUUGGUUAGUGGCGUAGCCUGGGCCCUGUGUAUCUGUAGGAGACUUCAAGAUAAAAGGGCAUUAGUGAAACACAACUGAGGAGGAAAACGAAUAGAAGAAAAUUACCUUGUCGUGCCCUAAAAUUGUUUCAUAGUUAAUCCCAUUUUUUAAAUAUUUUAUUUAUUUUUUAAUGAGUUUUCCAUGUUUUUUUUUUUUUAAUUUUUAAUGUUUAUUUACUUUUGAGAGGCGGGGAGAGACAGAGAGACAGAGACGAGCAGGGGAGGGGCAGAGUGAGAGGGAGACACAGAAUCUGAAGCAGGCUCCAGGCCCUGAGCUGUCAGCAGAGCCCGACGCAGGGCUCGAACUCAUGGACUGUGAGAUCAUGACUUGAGCUGAAGUCGGACGCUCAACCAACUGAACCACCCAGGCACCCCAAGAUUUUAUUUUUAGGUAAUCUCUACACCUAACAUGGGGCUCAAACUUCAAUCCCAAGAUCAAGAGUCGCAUGCUCUUCCGACUGAGCCACUCAGGCGCCUCAAGCUAAUCUCCUUUUUUAAUGUUUUCCUAAAUGCUUUGUGUUCAAAGUUUUUAUCAUUUUCAGCUUCUCCAAAGGUGGUUUUGUUUUUCCUUCAGGGAGAGACCGAGGCUGAUGACCUCAAAAUCCCACUCUGAAUUUCACAACAGCUCCUGUGCCUAGCUGAUUUAUGGACAUCCCCGUUUGGAAAUUACCAGGCACCUUAAAAUCAACCCCAAACUGACCUUACCGCUUUCUUCCACCCCCCCCAGCUGCUUUCUCCUGUAUUUAACUCAGCCAUUGCCUAGUUACCCAAGCUGGAAACUUGGAUAUCACACUCAACAGCUCCUGUUCCUUUCAGCCCCUUCCCCAAGACAAUAAAUAUUAGUUGAACAGUCAUCCAGUCAUGACCAACCUUGCUCUUUCUACUUGCUUUCUCACCACUUACCAUGCAACCUUAGGCAAGUUCAUUAAUUUUCUGUUCCUUGGAUUUCCCAUCCAUAAAUGGGGGUAAUUAUAUCUACCUCCUAGAGUUGCAAAGAUUUAAGUGAGAUAAUGGGCUUGAAAUAUUAGCUGCAGUUAUUGAGACCAUCACCAGGCCACAUCCUGCUGACUUUUUAAAAAAAAAUUUUAAUUUUAUUUUUAAGUAAUCCUACACCCAAUGUGGGUUCAAACUCACAACCCUGAGAUUAAGAGCCACACGCUCCUCUGACUGACCAGCCAGGUGUCCCCACCCACAUCUUGUUUACUGAAACCACCUCCCAAUGAGUCUCUCUCUCUCUCUCUCUCUCUCUCUUUACAGUUCAUCCAUUUGUUUUUGAGAGAGAGAGAGCAUGCGUGAGUAAGGGAGGGGUGGAGACGGAGAGAAAGAGAAUCCCAAGUAGGCUCUGCACUGUCAGUAUGGAGCCUGAUGCAGGGCUCAAACCCAUGAACCAUGAGAUCAUGACCUGAGCUGAAAUCGAGAGCCAGCCGCUCAACCGACUGAGCCACCCAGGCAUCCCAUGCAUCUCUUUUCCAUUUGCAAUCCCCUCUGGUCUAUUCUGCCUAGCUGGAGCUAGAUCUUUCUAAAGGGCAAAUCCUUUCUUUGCCACUGUUCUGUGUAAAAUCUUCUCAUGCUUCCCAUCGCCCCUUGCAUAUGGUGAAACUCUUUUGGUGUAAUUUUUGAGGAGGUCAUCCGUGCUCUGGCCUCUGCCACCCUCCACUGCCCUCAGCUUCAGUUCUCUGUGCUAUCAACGCUACAAGCUGAAUCUCUUUCUCUCCACUCCUGGCCAACUCCUUGUCCUUCAAGUCUCAUUCCUAACUUGUUCUAAGAACCCUUUCCUGAUCCCACAAGAUGAACAGGUGUCCCGUUUCUGUGUUCCAUGUGUUUGUGCCAAUCAAAGCACUUUAUCCCUGCUUCAUAAUUGCCUGCUUACUUUUUCAUCUCCUCCAUUAGACUUUGGCACCCUUGAAGAAGUCAUUGUGUCUUGCUCACUAUUGUAUCUUCAGCUAUUAGCAAAUGUUUGACUUAAGAUAUAGAGUAGGCAGGCAACAGAUAUUUGUUGGAUAAGAGAGAGGACAUUAUGUGUAAACUUCAUUCCCCUCAGCAGAGCUGGUGACUUCAGUUCCAAUUUGUCACCACACAAGCUACUCACCAAAGAACGUUAGAAGUUCUGUCAUUGGAUAUCUAGUGGGGCCUUAUGCAAGAUGAAGAAGGCUCCCAGAGCCAAUAUGACCUAUCAAAGACACCUCCCAGCCUGUCCCCCAGAUAAAGCUGGGAUAAUAAAGGUACCCACCCCUGGUGGUUCCUGUAUUUGAUGGGUCAUUGUCAUCUUCUCUCUAGGAAUAGAUUCUUUAUGGCAACUUUGGAGCUGUGUUGCAAGGUAGGCUGUCAACACAGGAAACUUGGGCAGGAUUUUAAGCUCCCUGUUCUAAGUUUGGUAUUUGAUCAGCCUCUGAAUUCUUCAAACAGAACACAUAAACAAAUAAAUGGUGGGUAAUCUUUUGCAGGAAGAAUCCAGAUUCCUAUGAGAAUCUAAUGAAAAGUUUCAGAUCAUUUGCUUUUAUUGAGUUUUCAGAAUUCUUUAUAUGUUUUGGACACAAGUCCUUUAUCAAACAUACGACUUACAAGUAUUUCUCCCAGUCUUUGGCCUUGCCUUUCAUGCUCUUAAUAGUGUCUUUCAAAGAACCAAAGUUUUAAAUUUUGAUCACCUGCAGUUUUCUGAUAGGAUUUUUACCCCAGGUUUCCUUUUCUAGAUCUUCACAUUGGUAUCUUGAAUCAUAGCACUUAAAUCUUUGUUUUUUUAGCAAAGGAAGGGAGAAAGCACGCUUUCUGGACUUCAUUCUUGUUUAAUUACAUCCACUCUACUGGAGUUUGAGUUUUAGCCUAGGUAGUACUGCCAUUAGAUCAGGGCAGCAGGGCCACCACCCUGAGCCCUGCUCUUUAAAGUUCCCUGAUCUGGCUUUGCUCUAGUUGCACCUUCGCUCAUGGGGCUAAGGGUGUGCCCAUCUAGAGCUCAUACCUCCUCCUUCCCUUUCUAGAUCACAAACUCUAGGUAUCCAGGAUCUUGGAAUUCUUUGCCCAAAUAGCUCCCUUUCAAGUGUCUUCCCCAGGUUUGUGUUCUUGAAGGUAAACCAAUCUGCACGUGUGUACCCCCAGGUCUUAGGUUUGGGAGGAUAGACUGAGAUUACACCUGCACGUUGAGUAGCCUCACGCAUGUGGAUGUUAGGGCCCACCUAGAACGGGACAGAUACAGAGUAGGGAAAGAAGGGGACAGGCCUCUAUUUGUACUCUUCUUCAGUCCUGGUUCCAGCUGUCCCAUCGAAAAUUUCCAAAAAAAAAAAAAAAAAAAAAAAAUUCCCGGGCACCUGGCUGACUGAGUAGGAAGAGCAUUGGACUCUUGAUCUCGGGGUCAUGAGUUCGAGCCCCACAUUGGGUAUAGAGAUUACUUAAAAAAAUAAAUAAACUUAAAAAACUUGAGUGCCUGGCUGCCUCAGUCAGUACAGCAUGCAACUCUUGAUCUUGGGGUUGUUGAGUUUAAGCCCCGCAUUGGGUGUCGAGCAUACUUUAUAUUUUUUUUAAUUUCAUGUUUUAUUUUUAAAAAUUUACAUCCAAAUGAGUUAGCAUAUAGUGCAACAAUGAUUUCGGGAGUAGAUUCCUUAGUGCCCCUUAGCCAUUUAGCCCAUCCCCCCUCCCACAACCCCUCCAGUAACCCUCAGUUUGUUCUCCAUAUUUAUGAGUCUCUUCUGUUCUGUCCCCCUCCCUGUUUUUAUAUUAUUUUUGCUUCCCUUCCCUUAUGUUCAUCUGUUUUGUCUCUUAAACUCCUCAUAUGAGUGAAGUCAUAUGAUUUUUGUCUUUCUCUAAUUUCACUUAGCAUAAUACCCUCCAGUUCCAUCCAUGUAGCUGCAAAUGGCAAGAUUUCAUUCUUUUUGAUUGCCGAGUAAUACUCCAUUGUAUAUACAUACCACAUCCUCUUUAUCCAUUCAUCCUUCGAUGGACAUUUGGGCUCUUUCCAUACUUUGGCUAUUGUUGAUAGUGCUGCUAUAAACAUGGGGGUGCGUGUGUCCCUUCGAAACAGCACACCUGUAUCCCUUGGAUAAAUGCCUAGUAGUGCAAUUCCUGGGUCAUAGGGUAGUUCUAUUUUUAGUUUUUUGAGGAAACUCUGUACUGUUUUCCAGAGUGGCUACACCAGCUUGUAUUCCCACAAACAACGCAAAAGAGACCCUCUUUCUCCGCAUCCUCACCAACAUCUGUUGUUGCCUGAGUUGUUAAUGUUAGCCAUUCUGAUAGGUGUAAGGUGGUAUCUCAUUGUGGUUUUGAUUGAGCUUACUUUAAAAAAAUGUAUGGGCCUGGGUGGCUCUGUCAGUUAAGCACCCAGCUGACAGCGCAGAGCCUACUUGGGAUUCUCUCUCCCAAUUUCUCUCUCAAAAUAAAUAAAUAAACUUUUUUUUU